AUGACUUGCAAUGCUCCCCAGAGGGUGGCCAUCAUUGGCACCGGCUUGGCCGGACUCACUGUUGCAUACCUGCUUCACAACGAGAAAGAGCGACGCUAUGCAGUGACAUUGCUUGAACAGGCUGAGAGUCUCUCAUUUGACUCGGCGUCGGUUGCAAUUCGGGAUAGGAAAUCCGGCGUGGUCGAGCGAAUCGAUCUCCCAAUGCGCGCCCUCGCUGGAGGCUACUACGCCAAUGUGAUGCGUAUGUAUGAUCAUUUAGGCAUCCCAUAUCAUCCGAUCAAAUUCCUAUUCUCCUUCACGAAAGCUCUACCGCCUCCAGCUGUGGCAAAGGAUGGUGGAAGCUGCGAGGGCGCACACGUUGGCAUGCCGGGGGAGUACUUUGUGCAUGCCUCAAACUUGCACCGAGUCCCCCCGUGGCCAGGAAAUAGAAGCCUCAUGGCAUAUGUCGUCGAAAUCUUAUACUUGGUCGUGUGCCAGUUUUGGUUUACCGUGGCAUGCUUUUUCGUGCAUCCCAAGACUGACGGAUCUGACGGCGGAGAAUCGUUUGCGGAAUACACCAAGAGAAUAUGGCUGCCACGCCGGUACACGACACACUACUUGCUUCCACUCUUGAGCAGCGUGUCAACAUGCUCUCACGACGAUCUGCUAGCAUUUCCAGCAAGCGACGUGGUCAACUACAAGAAGUCAUCUCACGGCCAUCAGCACUACACUGUCUGUGGAGGCGUCCACCAAGUGGAAUCCAGACUUGUGGAGGGCAUUGAAGAUAUUCGACUAGGAGCUCGCGUCAUGAAAGUCGUCUCAGGAGAAAGUGGAAGCACAAAGAUUAGCUGGCAGUCAAUUAAGGAUGGGUCAAUACUGGAAGAAGAAUUCGACAAAGUGAUCCUGGCAGUCUCGCCGGAUGUGGCUGGCAAGGUCUUUGCGCCUCUAGAGAAGUCUCUCGGAAAUAUUCCAGCGAUCCGCGUCGAGAGUUCUGUCCUCCGUCCGGCGAAAUCGAGCGCGAAAGACAUGUUUUCUGUCGUCCACGGCAAGCACGGUUAUCCUCAGGGCUGCGCACAUUACCAGGGAAGCACCUUGCCGGCCCAACACAUUUGCCUGCGAACCGACUUCUGCAAGAACGCAAAAACUGAAGCCUUGCACACAAUGCCUGGGGGAACGGUAGUGAGCACUUGCCCGCUUGACCCUGAGGCCGAGGCAAAAAGAGAGCUUCGAUCGGCCACGUUUACACGCACGCUCAGAACGACUGAGAGCAGAGCAAUUGUUCAGAUGAUAAUGGGCGCUGGCGGAACUAAGGACAAGAAGAUGAUGGAACAAGCAAUGGGGAUGGAAUGGGUUAACGGAGAGGACAAUGUUUGGCUGGCAGGUGCGUGGUGUUGGGAUGGAAUGGUUUUGCUCGAGGGAUGUCUGGUCUCUGCGAUGAGAAUAGCCGACGAUUUUGGAGUCCAAGUACCAUGGCAAACAGAUGGGAAAAGAACAUAA